GUUUCCAAAAAUAGAAAGAUACAAAUAAUACAUUAUUAUUGACUUUCGAAGAUUGUCUCUUUCAUUUGGGAUUUCUGGGUAGGGGAUGCACCAAACCUAACCUGUUUUCUUCCCUUUGAUUUUUUUUUUCUUUCAGAAUUAAGAACACAAGCAAUUAAGGGAACACCUUGACCUUUCUUUUGUACCUACUUUUUCAUAAAAUAUUUAAAGAAAAGUAAGGUAACAUAUCAAUUAAUUAAUUAUAAUACCCCUUAUCAUUAUAUUACAUUACAUUACAAUACAAAAGGUGGUGGAAAUUUUAGGCUUUUAUGACCACCAUAUUUUGUGUUCUUAAUUUGAUAAUAAUAUUAUUGUAUAUUGUAUAGUUAAUUAUUAUAAUUUUUGGUGAAAAUGGAAAACACAACAAUGUUAGCACCAUCAAAUAUUUCAGAUAGAUCAAUAAUUUGUUAUACGCCAACCAUGACAACAACAAGUGGUGUAUGGCAAGGUGAUAGCCCUUUAGAUUAUUCAAUUCCUCUCUUCAUUUUGCAAUCAACCUUAGUUGUUCUCGCCACACGUUUCUUUGUUUUCAUUCUCAAACCCUUUCAUCAACCUCGUGUCAUUGCUGAAAUUAUGGGUGGAUUGCUGUUGGGGCCAUCGGUACUUGGUAGAGAUGAAAGGUUUGCAAAUAUGGUAUUUCCUUUAAAAAGUGCAAUGGUGAUAGAAACAAUGGCAAACAUAGGUCUGAUAUACUUCCUAUUCUUAGUUGGUUUAGAGAUGGACAUGUCUAUUGUGAAACGCACUGGGCGAAAGGCGGUUUCUAUUGCCGUUGCUGGUAUGAUAUUGCCCUUUGUUAUUGCUAUUGGCAUCUCUCAUUUUAUGGAUUACAAAGACAAAGGUGCAAAUGAUGUUAGCUAUGUCCUUUAUCUUGGUAUUGUUCUAUCUGUCACUGCCUUUCCAGUGCUUGCUCGAAUGCUUGCCGAGCUCAAACUUAUUAACACAGAGCUAGGCAAGCUUGCACUUUCAUCUUCCCUCAUCAAUGAUGUGUGUGCAUGGGUUUUGUUAGCUCUAGCUAUUGCUUUAUCAGAGCAAAAUUCAAGUACUUUGGCUUCUGUUUGGGUUGUACUAUCCAAUAUUUUCUUUGUUAGUUUCUGCUUUCUUGUUGUUAGGCCAGCAGUGACAUGGUUGAUCAAGAAAACUCCAGAAGGAAAACCCUUCAGUGAGUUCCAAAUAUGCAUUGUACUUGUUGGUGUUUUGGUCUCAGCUUUCAUUACAGAUGUUAUUGGAACACAUUCUAUUUUUGGAGCUUUUGUUUAUGGCUUAGUGAUUCCAAAUGGCCCACUUGGAGCUGCUAUAAUAGAAAAGCUAGAAGACUUUGUUUCAGGGCUUUUACUCCCUCUUUUUUAUGCUAUUAGUGGUCUUAAGACUAAUAUUAACUUAAUCCAUGGAACUCGUUCAUGGUCGUUUAUAUUCACAAUCGUUCCUCUCACUUGUUUUGGAAAGAUCUUAGGGACUCUCAUUACCUCAAUCCUUUUCGACAUACCAACCCGUGAUGGCAUUGUUCUUGGUUUACUUAUGAACACCAAAGGUCUUAUUGAAAUGAUUGUGCUCAAUAUUGGGAGAGAACAAAAGGUGUUGGGUGAUGAAAUAUUUUCAAUUAUGGUUAUUGUAACAGUUAUAAUGACAGCAAUAAUUUCACCUAUUGUGACAUUAAUCUAUAAGCCAAGGAAAAGACUCGUACCUUACAAAAAGAGAACAGUGCAAAGCUCAAGAGUUGAUGCAGAGUUAAGGGUGCUAGUGUGCAUUCAUGCUCCUAGAAAUGUUCCUACAAUAAUCAAUCUUCUAGAAGCAACACACCCAAGCAAAAGGUCUCCCAUAUGUGCCUAUGUGCUCCACUUAGUUGAACUCACAGGUAGAGCUUCAGCCAUGCUUGUUGUCCAUGCCAGUAGACAAUCAGGAGGACCAGCACUCAACAAAACACAAGCGCAAACAGAACACAUCAUCACCGCAUUUCAGAACUUCGAGGAACAUGUCGGUUAUGUUGCGGUCCAACCUUUGACUGCUGUUUCACCUUACUCAACCAUGCAUGAAGACAUAUGCAAUUUGGCUGAGGAAAAAAGGGUAGCAACAAUCAUCAUUCCUUUUCAUAAACAACAAACCGUCGAUGGUGACAUGAAGGAAACAAACCCGGCAUUGAGAAUGGUGAAUCACAACUUAUUACAAAGCUCUCCUUGCUCGGUUGGGAUACUUGUCGAUAGAGGCCUUAACGGAUCAAACCGGUUAACUGCUAAUCAAGCAUCUCAUCAGGUUGCUGUAAUAUUCUUCGGUGGAGCAGAUGAUAGGGAAGCGUUAUCCUAUGGAUGGAGAAUGUCAAGACAUCCAAGAGUUCAUCUCACUGUUAUGCAUUUCAUUCCAGGAAAGGAUGUAACUCAAUUGAAGACCAAUGAUUUCAAUCAGCUAGAUGAUCAAAGAAAUAUAAUUACAAACAGAAUAGAUGAGGAGUGUAUAAAUGAGCUGAAGAUGAUAGCUGCAAAUGAUGACAAAAUUAAUUACAUAGAAAAGGUUGUGAGUAAUGGAGAGGAAACAGUGGCUGCAAUAAGAGGAACAAACAAUGCCAAUGACCUCUUCAUAGUUGGGAGAGGUCAGGGAAAUUCUUCAACAUUAACAGAAGGGUUGACAGAUUGGAGUGAGUGUCCUGAGUUAGGACCCAUUGGAGAUUUGUUAGCUUCUUCAGACUUUGAAACAACAGCUUCAGUGCUUGUAAUGCACCAAUAUGUUGCACAAGGUCCAGAAGGAGAGGACAUUUUUGUAUCUGAUAGACCUUGGCAAACAAGUGAAAACUUUAAUACCUUAAGACAACAACAUAGGGGAAGAUAUGCAGCAGACAAUAAUGAUUUUAAAUUUUAAAGCAUAAACUAUGGUGAUAAUUUUUGCUGUGUAUAUAA